AUGUCCAUGUCCACCAUCUCCGCUAAGGACGCCUGCCCUCCUGCCGGCCCCUACUCCCAGGCCAUCCGCGCCAACGGCCAGAUCUUUGUCUCCGGCCAGAUCCCCGCUGAUGCCUCCGCCAACCUCGUCGAGGGUAACAUCGGCCAGAAGACCCAGGUCUGCUGUGACAACAUCAAGGCCAUCCUGACUGCUGCCGGCUCCGACGUUUCCAAGAUCGUCAAGGUUAACGUCUUCUUGACUGAUAUGGCCAACUUCGCUGAAAUGAACGCCACAUACGAGAAGUUCUUUGUCCACAAGCCCGCUCGUAGCUGUGUUGCUGUUCAUCAGCUGCCCAAGGGUGUCCCCGUUGAGAUUGAGUGCAUUGCUCUCGAGUAA